AUGCGUCUUGAAGGCCCGGUAAUGGCGGCACCCAUGGCGUCGCUGAGAAAGCGAAGGCGCGGCAAUGAGGACGCAGAGACUGAGUCUCCACCCGUGCCGGUGCAUAAGCCUUCGAGCUGCCCAGCCCGCCUCCUCCCGGGCACCUUUUGGCUGACCCGGAUAGUGCUCCUGAGGGCCCUGGCCUUCAUUUACUUCGUGGCAUUCCUCGUGGCUUUCCACCAGAACAAGCAGCUAAUCGGGGACCAGGGCCUGCUACCCAGCCGUCUGUACUUGAAGAACAUCUGGCAGCAUUUCAAAGGCCGGGUCAACUGGGAAGCACUGAGCUACGCGCCCACUGUCCUCUGGUUCUUGGACUGGUCAAACAUGGACACUAACCUGGAUGUCCUGGCCCUGGUUGGCCUGAGCAUCUCGUCUUUCAUCCUAAUAGCUGGCUGUGCCAACAUGGUCCUCAUGGCCACACUCUGGGCUCUCUACAUGUCGCUGGUCAACGUGGGACAAGUUUGGUAUGCAUUUGGUUGGGAGUCCCAACUUCUGGAGACGGGGUUCCUGGGGAUCUUCCUCUGCCCACUGUGGACACUGUCCCGCUUGCCCAGGUACACACCCCCAUCCCGGAUUGUGGUGUGGGCGUUUCGGUGGCUCAUCUUCAGAAUCAUGCUUGGAGCAGGGCUGAUCAAGGUCCGGGGUGACCGGUGCUGGUGGGACCUGACGUGCAUGGACUACCACUACGAGACACAACCGGUGCCCAACCCUGCGGCCUACUACCUGCACCGAUCUCCGUGGUGGAUCCACCGCACGGAGACACUCGGCAACCAUGUCAUUGAGCUCGUGGUGCCCUUCUUCCUCCUCCUGGGACGGCGCAUGUGCCUGCUGCACGGUAUCCUGCAGAUCCUCUUCCAGGUGAUCCUCAUCAUCAGCGGGAACCUGAGCUUCCUGAACUGGCUGACCAUCGUGCCCAGCCUGGCCUGCUUCGAUGAUGCUGCCCUGGGCUUCCUGUUCCCCUCUGGAGCCAGGGGCCUCAAAGACCAUGUCCUGAAGCUACAGGAGGAGGAGGCCCGGGGGACCCAGCCAGUGCCAAAACUUGGUGGUGUGGUGCGGCGGGCAGUCCACCUUUCGCUGGCUGUCCUCAUCGGCUACCUCAGCAUCCCUGUGGUACUCAACCUGCUCAGCUCCCGGCAGGUGAUGAACGUUUCCUUCAACCCGCUCAGGAUCGUCAACACCUACGGGGCCUUCGGAAGCAUCACCAAAGAGCGCACAGAGGUCAUCCUCCAGGGCACGGCCAGCCCCAAUGCCAGUGAUCCUGAUGCUGUGUGGGUGGACUAUGACUUCAAGUGCAAGCCAGGUGACCCCCAUCGUCAGCCCUGCCUCAUCUCCCCCUACCACUACCGCCUGGACUGGCUAAUGUGGUUCGCCGCCUUCCAGACCUAUGAGCAGCACGAGUGGAUCAUCCACCUGGCAGGCAAACUGCUGGCCAACGAUGCCCAGACCCUGUCCCUGCUUGCCCACAACCCAUUCGAGGGCAGAGCGCCCCCCAGGUGGAUCCGCGCGGAGCAUUAUCGCUACAAGUUCAGCCAGCCUUGGGGCCGGCAUGCUAUACAGGGUGAGUGGUGGGUCCGGAAGAGGAUCGGCCCUUACUUCCCCCCACUCAGCCUCCCUGACCUGAGGGCCUACUUCAAGGCCAGGGAAUGGCCGCAUCCAGAACCAGCUUAG